AUGUCGGACAUUAAAGCUGUGGUAGUAACUGGAUGCGAUAGUGGGAUAGGGUAUGGGAUCUGCGCGACCCUUUUUAGGAAAAAUUACUUUGUAAUCGCAGGCUGUAAUACUAAGUAUGGAUUCAAAAAGGUUAAAAAACUGUUCAAAUCGAUCUCUAAGAGUCAAGGAGUUUCCUCUGACUCACCCAGUAGAUCGGAUUCCACUACAGAUUCCAUGGAUAUAAGCAAGCACGAAUCUAACAAUUUUGAUCAAAAUGUUGAUCAAGAGAAAAAUAAUACUGGAAAUCUUAGUGACCAACUAAACUCGCUUAAUACUGGGAAAAAUGUGUAUAGAAUAGGAACUAGGGGAAUUUUAGUAAGGUUGGAUGUUACAAAUGAGGAGUCUGUGAAGGAAUUGGCAUCCCUGGUUCAAGAACUAAUUGAUUCUAAACAAAUUCCAAGCCUAUAUUCCCUAAUUAAUAAUUCGGGAAUUUGGAGAUUCUCAACCCUCAAAGAAUGUUGGAAUGAUGAUAAGUUGAUUGAAAGUGAGGUACAAGAUGAAUUAGCUCGUUGGAAGUUGGUUAUGGAGACUAAUUUGAUGGGUUCAGUUCGAGUUACACUCCGAUUGGUGCCAUUUCUGACAAGAUAUAAAGGUUUGGCUCGAGUAAUCUUCAUCACAAGCGUUGUGGACGAGACUGGAGUUCCAGGUCAAAGCUCGUAUGUUUCCUCAAAGUUCGCAAUUCGAGGGUUCCAUGAGUGUCUUAUGCACGAACUAGAAGGAACCAACAUAUGCACCGUAUGUGUUGCACCAGGAGCUCUCUCAGAUACUCGCCUAUUUGAUUACGACUUUAACUUGGAUAAGGAGUAUAGGCUCAAUAAUACACAUAAGUUGAAGAAUGGAAUGAAGAUUUUGAAGAAAUUGGCUUCAAGUAGUAGAGGGGUUGUCAAAACUGUAAUGAAGGCGCUGGAAAGCAAAAGGCCAAGGAGAUACUACAGAAGCACAUCAGGAACAUUCCUCUUCAAACUCGUUAAACUGCUUCCGAAAUCGCUCUAUAUCAAGGUCGUUAAACUUAUUCUAAUGAACUUCGAACACAUCCACACCUCACUUCCACUCCUGACCAAACUCAUCCGGCUCAUUCUUAAAUAG